UAAUAGCCUUGGUUCGUGGUUCAAACCGGAUGAACCGUCCGGUUCAAUUUUAAAACUUCAUUACAAAGUGAAAGAGAAAAAAAAACACAAGGUGUGAUAGCAAAAACAACGGUGCAUAAAACUUGCAUCUUCAAGGCACAACACAAGUAAGGGGUGCAUUGUAGAAACUAGAGAGAGGGAAAAACAAAGAAGGGCGAGCAAUGUCAUUUAUGAAAGGAAAUUUGCUUUCUCGUACAAGAAAGCUCGUCAAGGGUUUAGCCAAGGCGGAGCCUGUGUGGCUCAAAGCCAUGGAACAGGCACCGCCAGCAACAUUUCCACGGCCUGAGGGGAAAAUUCCGACCAUCACGCUUCCUGAAGAUGUUUAUGUAAAGAGAUUUUAUAAAAAAUAUCCAGAAUCAAAAUACCAUGAUCCCAUCAAGUUUAAUGCUAUCGAUCCCCCUCCAUCUCGUUUAUUCGCCUUAAGGGUUCUUGAGUUGAAAGAGCAAGGCAUUGUUGAGGAAGAAGCAAUGGAAGUAGCAGAUAUGGAAUAUCUAGCGGAGAAAAAGGCAAAGAAGAAAGCAUAUGCUCGUCUGAAGCAAAUUGCGCGCCUCCAAGGAAAGAGACUGCCUCCAAACCCAUAUCCUUGUCCUAUCAAGGAGAUCCAAGCCGAGGAGAAGAAAUAUGUUCGUGAUCGUUUCUUCAAUCCCAAGAUACUCGAAAUUGUGAAACAAAAGAAAGAGGAAUCCAUGCAGAGAUUUGGAAGAGGCGAUUGGUGAUUUUUAUAGGGUAAAGUUAGAACAUUCUAUUGAAUCUUUGCCUCUUUGAGCAAAUAAUAUGUGACAGCCUGUUACUAAAAAGUGCAUACUUUUGUUCUCAGAUUAAGUAUUUGCUAUUUAUUAUUUUCUAAAAACUCUAAUAGAAAGUUUUGCCAAAACUUCAUGCUA